AUUAAGCAUGAUGUAAUGUAUAACGGGGUGCGUGCACGACAGUCUCAAUCUAAUUUUAUUACAUUUGUCGUUUCCAUGUUAUUGGUGCAAAUUGAAAACACGGGUUACGAAUUCAGGAUUCCUCUGUUUAAAGAUAGCUCUUUUUGAGUGCUGUGUCUUAAAAUAGCAUCCUCCGGAACAAGCCCAUAUAAACCUCUGGGUCUCCGAUGGUACGCUCCCGUUGUUUAAAGACACAGAUGCUGCUGUUCUCCAGAGAUAACCGAAGCCACUUGGAAGGGGGGAUUGUACCCAGAGAAGAGACCGUGCCGUUUUCAGACGAGAUAGCCCAAACGCACGCACCUGUGUGCUGCAUCCUGAGGUUGUCUAAUAAAAAGAAGUAACAUAUUUUGAAUGACAGUAAAUAUGCUGACAGGAAUCGGGAUUGAUGUUGACGAGCAGCACUCCAGCGCCGGCGACUAAAAUGGGAGCCCUGUGCUCUAACCACAGCAGCGCGCCGCCAGCGGGAGAGUGCAGAGGUUUGGCGGAGUGAAGAGAUUCGAUCACGGCACCAUCAGCAUCAAACUCACAACAAAGCAGGAUGCCACCCAUAAAAACAAAUCCACCGGCAGGAGGUUGCUGGAUGAAGAUUUAAAAAGAAAACACACAUUACGAAUGAUGAAUGUGGGAUUUACUUCAGUUAUAUUUAUUUGUAUAAUUUAGCUUCUUUUCUUUAUUUUGUAAUUCUAUGCGUUGUAUUUAUUUAUUCGUUCAACUAUACAAUGCCCAGCUUUUUCGAUUCCCCCCGUGGUUACAAUUCCACUCCGAGCCGCUGGGAUGCGGGCGGCGCGGCCUCUCUGUCCUCCUCCUUGGUGAACAGCGUGGUGAAGAUGGCCCUGCUCUCCCUCAUCGUCUGCACCUCCCUCUUCGGGAACGUGGUGGUGCUUCUGGUGUUCCAGCGCAAGCCCCAGCUCCUGCACGUGGCCAACCGCUUCGUGCUCAACCUGCUGACUGCGGACCUCUUCCAGACCGUCCUGGUGAUGCCCUUUGCGAUCGUCGCCACCGUGCCCGACGUGUGGCCCCUGGACCGCCGGCUGUGCCAGGCCCUGGUGGUCCUCAUGCACUUGUUCGCUUUCGCUGGGGUCAACACCAUCAUCGUGGUGUCUGUCGACAGGUACCUGGCCAUCAUCCACCCGCUCUCCUACCCGGCCAGGAUGACCCCUCGCCGGGGGACCAACCUGAUCGCCUGCACCUGGGUCCUGAGCGUCCUGCAGAGCACCCCGCCGCUCUACGGCUGGGGGGUCAUCGACUUCGACAGGCGCCACCACUCCUGCACGCUCAUCUGGUCCUCCAGCUACUCCUACUCCGCCCUGGUGGCCGUGUUCUCCUUCUGGGUGCCCGUCUGCAUCAUGCUGGGCUGCUACUGGAUGGUGUUCAGGGCUGCCAGGAGGCAGAACAACCUAGUUCACCCGGUGCAAGCUGCCAAGCACAACCACAGCACUGCAGAUAACCACCAGUGCCAAGAGGAGCAGCAGCAGCAGCAGCAGCCGCCGCCCCCGGAGGGCUCCGUCUACCCCAUCAGGGUGCGCCACAGACGCUUCCACUACCACUGCAAAGCGGCCAAAGUGGUCUUUGUCAUCAUGUCUUCUUACAUCUUCAGCAUGGGCCCUUACAGCGUCCUCGGCACACUCUCCAUCAGCUCUAGCGCCCCCGUCCCGCCAUGGAUCGUCUCCCUGGCCCUCGUCUUGUUCUUUUUCCAGUGCUGCAUCCACCCCUACAUCUACGGCUACAUGCACCGCAGUGUCCGCAGGGAGUUCCUGGCCCUGCUCUGCGGCUCCUUCUGCAAGCAGGUGCGACCGCCGCGUGGCUCCGGAGCGGACAGCUGCUUCACGGUGACGGCCGGCCGGCCAACGCACGCCCACUUCCCCGGCGCGGCUGCCAGGAUCUGCCCCCUGAGGACCUGGGAGGAAGGCACCACGUCGUCCUCCCCCACCGAGGGCAUGUCCAAGGACAGCAGGAAGGACACGACCUCGAUCAGCUUCAGCUCAGAAAAAGAACUGAACGUCCUGCCGAAGUGAUAAGAACCGCAUACGAUGUCACAGGCUGUAUCAUCACUUGUACGCUUUUGCAAGCCUCUUGCAGCUAUAACAUCUUGUACAUGGCCGGGCACGGAGUCUACAAGAUGUUCGGAGGCACCCUGAGUAAAUCUCACAGUCUCAGAGAGAGCAGUGUGUGCACUGUGCAGUGUUGUAGGCAGCGGAUCUCAUAAAACCAGGGGAUCCGAGAGGGCCAUGAGCGGUAUAAGAAGAUAAUAUUAAAGGAUUAGGUGCUUUAGGUACUAAAUUGGUUUGGUUGUUUCAGCAAACAACUCAACCUCCACUUUCACCCUAAUCUAGUUAACUACUUAAUUUCACCUACGAAACUUGGACUGCGAUGACUGUCCAGAACCUGAAUUUGGGCACCUCAGGUCUAGAUGUAUACUAAUUACAUCCAAGCUUGCAUGCAUCAUGCAUGUAUUGUACAGCUCAAGUAUACUGGUGUACAUCACCUGAAAAACCUGAUAGGGUUCACAUUAUUAAUAGUGUUUGAAAAUCUCGUUGGUACGCAUUAGUGACUUUCACCAUUAACUCAUCUGUUCUUCAGUGUAUACUGUUUUGAUUCAACUGGUUUUAACACAGCGGCCCCCUUUGACAAACUCAAUAACCCCCGAAUUCAAAACCGAGGACCGUACAGUAGCUUCUGUACCCCUUGACUGGUUCGGUUUCCAAAUUUCUACCAUUGCCUCCCACACAGCUGUCGCUGGGAGCCCUGUUUUUAUAGGGAUGUUUCCAGUUAACUGCCACACAUAAUACUUUGUAACUGCAAGCAAGGUCUGCGCAGAAGCUGCAAUUAGAAGAGACAAAAAAAAAAAAAAUGUAAAAAAUUAUAUAUUUGUGUGUAUGUAUCGGUCUCUAUCUGAUGUCUAUACCUUAGUAAUUUCUCAGAAAGAAGUCAUAUGUCAAACAACUAUAUUAUAUCAUGUUUUCUAAAUAAGAACGAUUUGUAAUUAGAAAGAACUGGAGUUUUUCUACAGUAUUUACCAUUGUGAAAGUGUUUUGGCAGGAAUGCUCUGGUGACAUUAUGAAAACCUUACGGCAUUCAAGUGCCGAGGAAUCUGCACUCAUACACACACUAUUUCAUUUACUCAAAAAAAAAGUUUCUAAUGCAAUAUCUGGAAGUUUAGACAAUCGCACUACCUAUCGAUGGAAAUCCAAGAGGAAAUGUAUUAGCUAAUGCGUUUUGUAUUGUGCUGUUAAAUAUUUCAUAUGUAUAUAAUCUAUUUAAAAUCAAAGAAAGUGAAUAUUGGUAAAUAUUAGCUUUUAUAGAGAAGUAUUUAAUUUUUUUUUUAUAGUUUACAACUUAUGGCUCAAACUGUUUA